UCUGGUUGGAUGGUUGGUUUUUAUUCUCGUUUUUGUGGAGGGGAGAAGAGAACGCUUCCUCUCUCUCUUACCUCUCUGUCUCUCUCUCUUCCUCUCUCUCUCUCUCUCUCUCUCUAACGGAAUUCUUGUUUGGUUUGGUUUUGUGAUUGGUUUUGGUUGAUCGGAGCGUUGGAGUGGUGGUGGUGGUGGGUGGUGAUUGGGUUGGGUUGGGUUGGAUUGGAUUUGGGGUAAUGGGAGUUGCGGUGGGGAGUGGUAGACUGAGACCGCGGUGGUGAUGGAGCGAUGGAGUUCGACGCCGGAAUUCCGAUGUCCCGAGCGGCGGCGGCGGUGGCCGUGACCGAGGGAGCCUCGAUGUCACCGUCGUCCUUGAACGAAGAUGCAAUGUGGCAAAUGAACUUGAUAUCAGGUGAACCAAUGGAACCUGGGCUGUAUCCUGAGCGUCCUGGGGAGGCAGAUUGUUCCUAUUACAUAAGAACUGGCCUCUGUAGAUUUGGGGCGACUUGUAGAUUUAAUCAUCCUCCUAACAGGAAGCUGGCUAUUGCCACUGCAAGGAUGAAGGGGGAGUUUCCUGAAAGAAUAGGGCAACCAGAAUGUCAGUACUACUUAAAGACAGGAACUUGCAAGUUUGGAGCCACAUGCAAGUUUGAUCAUCCUAGAGACAAGGCUGGGGUUGCUGGAAGAGUUUCGUUAAAUAUUUUAGGCUAUCCACUUCGCCCGAAUGAGACUGAAUGUGCCUAUUAUCUAAGAACUGGGCAAUGCAAGUUUGGAAGCACUUGUAAAUUCCACCAUCCUCAACCAACUAAUAUGAUGGUUUCGUUAAGUGGUUCUUCUGUUUAUCCAACUGUUCAGUCUCCAACUACUCCUGGUCAGCAGUCAUACCCUGGAGGAGUUACAAACUGGUCAAGAGCAUCUUUUAUUCCUAGUCCACGCUGGCAAGGACCUUCGAGUUAUGCACCAAUGCUUCUGCCUCAGGGAGUGGUGUCAGUUCCUGGGUGGAAUGCAUACAGUGGUCAGCUUGGAUCAGUCUCAUCUUCAGAGACCCAGCAGCAAUCAUUGGGAAACAGUCAGAUUUAUGGAACUUCACGCCAGGGUGAACCAGCUAAUGCAGGAUCUCAAGGGACAUUUUCUCCAUUUCGUUCAGGCUCUGUCCCUGUAGGGUUCUAUGCAUUGCAAAGGGAAAAUGUAUUUCCUGAGAGACCUGGCCAGCCAGAAUGCCAGUUUUACAUGAAGACUGGUGAUUGUAAGUUUGGUGCAGUUUGUCGGUUCCAUCAUCCUAGAGAAAGACUAAUUCCUGCUCCAGACUGUGUCUUGAGUCCCAUAGGCCUUCCUUUACGUCCGGGAGAGCCUAUAUGCAUCUUCUAUUCUCGUUAUGGAAUCUGCAAAUUUGGUCCAAGUUGCAAGUUUGAUCACCCUAUGGGAAUUUUCACAUAUAAUAUGUCUGCAUCAUCUUCGGCUGAUGCCCCUGUCCGACGUUUGCUGGGGUCAUCAUCAGGAACUGCUGCAUUAAAUUUGUCAUCAGAAGCACUUGUUGAAGCAGGCUCGGCAAAGCCCAGGCGACUUUCACUAUCAGAGGCUAGACAGAUGCCUUCUGGGGACGAUAAUAUUGACACAGAAGGCUGAAGACAUGAGUUAUUUACUUUUUACAAUCUUUUGAAGGUUAAACAAGAGUUAUCUGUAAAUUCAUUUCCCAUUGCUGGAGAUGUACAGAGUUCAUGUCAAGUCGAUUCUGUUCUGCUGAAAGUGGAUUCAAGUUGACAGACUUGACUCUCCUGAAUUUCAUAUCACUGCAUUGUAUAAAAUCUGCAAAUAUUGUCACAUAUGGUAAAAUCCAAUGUGAACAUUUCAUCUGCCCGAAAGCUGAUCUUUCUGAUUUUAAUGUGUAAUUUUUUUUUCCCUGUACUUUAUGUAAAACAUUUUUUUUUUGCAAGUUUUGAUAGCCUCAUUCUGGCUUUCCCUUGAAU